AUGUUCAUACUAUCAGAAGUCAAUGAUCUAAUACGGAUCCCACCCCACACAUUCAACAUUCCCAUCCAACAUGCAAUCACUGAUGAACUCAACAAGAAAUACGCCAACAAAGUCGUACCCAAACUAGGUGUUGUCAUCACCAUAUGGGACUUGCUCGAUAUAAAAGAUGGACUACUAAAACCAGGAGAUGGAGGAUCAUACGUUGAAGUUAGAUUUAGAUGCAUUGUAUUCAAACCAUUUGUAGGAGAAGUUUUAACGGGAUGGGUAACUGAAUGUAAAGCCACGGGGAUCAAGGUACGAUUAGAGUUUUUUGAUGAUAUUUGGAUCCCCGCUGAUUAUUUAUUUGAAGAUUGUGAAUAUAGAGAAAGUGAGCUGGCUUGGGUAUGGAAUUCAGCUGAUACGGAUUUAUUUAUUGAUGUUGACGAAAAAAUUCGAUUUAAAGUGGAAAAGGAAGUAUUCUACAAUGUGAAACCAAAAAGUUCAAAUGAAGCAAUUGGGAUUGAAGAGCCCACUAAUAAGCUACCACCAUAUAGCAUAAUCGCGUCAUGUCAACUUUCGGGUCUCGGUUGUGUUUCAUGGUGGGAUUAA